ACACAUAUUAACCCUGCCUCCACCCGUCGCAGCUCUCCCCUCUCCAUCGUCUGUUUACCCCAAGGAACCACCCUUUUGCUAAUGUAAUAGCUCAUAGUGACGAUGUCAGUCCCUGGGGCAUGGCCCUCGAGCCCAGCGAGACUCACCCUCGAAGCUUGGUCGCAGGGCUGCAUGAUCGGCGCUCUGAUAAUUAUGAUUGGCAUUACUUUAGCUAACAUGCGACGUGGAGUGAUGUUGCAUAAGUUGAUCUUGGCGGAGGUGAGUGUUUUCCCCUCGAUGUCAGAUCCAUCUCACAAACCUCACAAGCUCCUCCUGGCCAUGCCAAAUGGCUUCUUUACGUUUUUCGACCCUCCGAUCUGGGGAUGGUAUUUAUCCUCGACUGCCAUUCUGCUCAUCGUUUCGUGGAAUCUACACAACGUCGUCGCUUGGAUGAAAAACAAGCCCUUCCUGUCGAAGCGGAAUAACGCCAUAUAUAUCGGGAGCAUCAUUCUGGUCCAACCGUACUGGGUCCUUGAGAUAUAUGCCAACUUCACCUACUUUAACACUACUGACAAUCACCUUUUUGUCUCAACCCGACCGCUUGAGGCUCUCUGCCGCGACCCUUGGUGGAUAUUUACAGCUGUUAACCUUUUCUGGAAUAUAAAAUUCCGUUAUGAGUUCAAAUUUAUGGAAAUUAUCCGCAUAUGCCCCCGUUUCGGUCUCUUACUCUUGAGCAUGGCCCUUAGUAUUAUCUUUAUCACUGUCGAUAUUCUCUCCGUCACCCCAGUCCUCCGGAUCGGCUAUAUCAAUCCGUUCUGGAAGUUUGCCUUUAUAUUUAAGUGCUUCACCGAUACGAUCGUUCUAGAUGACUUCAAGACCGCACUGGAUAGGUUGAGCCGAUACAAGAUGGAACAGAAUUACCCGCUUCCUUUUAGCAGACCCACCAGUAGGCAAAGGGACCUCGAUUUGUACGACAUCUGCCGUCAUGAGACCUUGGAUGUGACUGUUGAGCACAGGGAAAGGGUAGAUGAUUCCGUUAUUCGCGCUCCACCGCGGAUAGUGAGGACUGAUGCGGGGUUAAUAGGUAGAACGCACUAAGGAAUCAGUUUUGUGUGAGAUCUGCGCCUUAGCUCAUUAUAUCGGACCGAUAGUGUGAUUUAACGCCAAUAAUUGGGUGAACAAGUUAUCCUAGCUGAACUGUAAAUGCGUGCGUGUCUGGGCCUCCCAUCAGUCCGAGAUUGCCUUUGUUUUCCC